AUGAAAGGCUCCAAUUCAGCGAACCCUAGCAGGAAAGAGCCCAUUAAAUCGAUCUUAAAAGAAAGUAACCCCCGAAAAAGAAAAAAAACUCACAAAGGAACAAGAGGAGAAAUGAAAAAGACAAAAAAAGACAUACCUACAAAUGAUGCGCACAAAAAUACGAGAGUAAAUGUGGAAGAAGAAGGUAUAGUCCAAAUGCAUCGGAGAAAAAAAAAAAAGACACAAUCACACAAUCACACACUUUUCAUUCAAAGUGAAAGUUUAAAAAUGGGGGAAAAUGUAAAGAACGUUGCCCACUUUGUUCACAUUUCCCACUUUCCCCCUUCGAAACGCAAAAUUUUAGAACCUAGAGCAAGCACCAGUGGCUACCAAGGCAGAUUCCUCAAAAAAAAGCCCAAGAAAUCAAAAGACUUAGUUAACAGUUACUUGGACAGCAUAUUAGACGCCGACGUGUUAAAGUAUUACGAACAGGAUAUGGGAAGCAUACACAGUGGGGACAUGGAUGUCGAAAAUCUAUCCGACGAGUUCUGUUUACAAAGUUACGUCAUGUCGACACAUUUAAUGGUGCAUGGUGAUGAAUACCAAAGGAAAAAUGCUUAUAUGAGUAUAUGCAGAGAUUGUCAUCACUUUUUCGCGAAUGAGAAGGAGUGCCUAGAUAAUUCGAUUAAUAUGUCCGUGAAGAAUUAUGGCGAGACGGAAAAAGCGAUCAAAGUGCCCUUGUUAGGCCUGAACUAUGAGAAAUCAGGAAGGUCAAACCAGUCCCUUGUCAUCAACUUCCCGGUGACAUACAUCCUGUCGAAGUUAAUGUCCAGCUUAGUCGACAUGGACUCAAACAAUUCAAAGAACAUAUCAGAUACCUGUGAUAUUUUGCGAAAAAAAUUAGAAAAAGACAUAAAUCAAAGGCUAGUCGAUUUUCCAAACGACAUGGGUAUUUUCUCGGACUACAUUUCAUCGUAUAUUUCUAAUUUUAAGAAUAAAAUGAGUACCAACGUAACGGACAUGUCGAACCCAUUGCAGAAUUGUAAAGAGUUGUUGGACUCGUUUGAAUAUAUGGAUAAAUUAACGUACACUUUGGUAAACAAGUCGGGCUUAAAAUACUUGGAACACCAGGCUAAUCAAAAAAGAAUGAAAACUUUUGUUCUCUCCAUUUUCAAUUUUAAGUAUAGAGAAUCUGAUACAAAUAUGUAUAUUAAACUGAUAUACAAUUUUUCCUAUGCCAUUUCUGAUGUUAUAGAAAGGAUUAAAAAGGUGUACAAUGAAGAAACCAGAUCUUUNUUUUUAAAAGAUUUGGAACCCCCUGAGUUGUUCUUCUUAAGAAAUAGUUCAAGCAUAAAAAACAGCUGCUAUGUAAAUAUAGUUGCAACAAUUUCUUGGUUUUUCAAUCAAGUGAAUAUGGGAAUAUAUAAUAUGAACAAAACGGUUCUGGAUUUAUUUAAGGAAAAAUUUUCAUCUGAAAAUAUUGAGAAGAUAGUAAAAAUGAAAAACAUCCAGAAGAAUGGGCCAAAAAAACACGUCAUGGAUUUAUGCGUUAAGACUAUGACAGAGAUGGUUGAUAUGGUUCAUUCGGCCUUGCUUGCUUACCACAAGGAGCAUUUAUCAGAAAUUGAUCAAGAAAUAGAUGCGACGGAAAAGGAACGAGACGCAUCGUUCGAUAGAGACACAGUGAGAGAGCCAAGUCCAGAGUCAUCGUCCGAUGAAGACACACCCAGAGAGGGAAGUCCAGCGUCAUCGUCCGAUAGAGACACGCCCGGAGUGCAGAGUCCAGCGAGAUCGUCCGAUAGAGACACGCCCAGAGUGCAGAGUCCAGCGAGAUCGUCCGAUAGAUACAUGCGCAGAGGGGGAAGUCCAGCGCCAUGGUCCGAUAGAUACAUGCCCAGAGGGGGAAGUCCAGCACCAUGGUUCUAUGAAGACACACCCAGAGCACCAAGUCCAGCGGAACCGUCCAAAGAAGAUAACCCCCAAACUUCGAUCCCCAACCAAAUGCCAUACCCAUCUGCAUCAUUCUCAUACCUAAUGGGACACUUACCCCACGCCUUUCCAUCAGCCUCAUCUUUGCCCCCAUCAUUACCCCUACCUCAACGUGCGAAAAACAAAAAUAUUACCUUCUCCAACAUAAUUAAAUACGCUGAGAUGUCCCUUCUAAAGGACAGGCUAGAUGAAUUAAACCUAGAAAAGACGUCAGACCAUGUCAGCAAUUACGAAUCCCUUAGAGAUAAACAUAACUUACGGAGUAACUUUAUGCAGAGGGAGAAUUUUAUUUGUUUAAUGAAAAUUUUUUUAAGUAAAAUGAAUUUUUAUAUUUCUGGAUUACAAAAUUCCUACCUACAAAAGCUUACACUUGAGAAUUAUAAAUUGUACGCAAUUUUUAAUAGACCCCUUGAUGAUAGGGAGCAUAUGUACUUUUGCACAUCUCCCGGGGAGUACUUGAUUCACAAAAUAUUUUCCUCGAAGUUUUUUCUCAUGAUUAACAUGUACAAGUAAAUGUUUUUUUUUCCAACCAUAAAAUUACUAUUUGAGAGGAAAAAAAAGGAAGAGAUUUUUCUUCUCUCUUUAACAAAUGGGGAUUUUUAUGGCCAGGGGAAGAUCCGAGAAAAGGAAUUGUACCAUGUUUGGUCCUACCUAGGGGGGGUCAAAAACAACUGCAAAGUUAUGAAUGACCCGGAUCUGCAAGACGGUUCGGCCAUCUGGAAUGAGCAACACGUUGCAGACAUCCUAGCAAACUACUGCACACAGUAUAACAUAAGUAACAUUGUUGUCGAAACGGAUGGACAUAAAAGUUCUUACCCUACAUUCGACCCAUUUGAUAAUUUCUCACAUUUCGGUUUAAUCCCGUCUUACUGCUACGGUACGAUCAUUGAAAGGAUUAUGUUGAUGUACCUCUACAGGUCCCAGUUCGUGUAUUACCGCAUUCUGUUUUGCCUUUUCUCUCAGUAA